AUGGCUAUUGCAGUCAAGAUCAAAAGAAAAAGAAGUACUCGACCGAUAUCUCAGGAAACAUAUGAAACGAUAGUCCAUCUAGUACGUGGUGAAUUCAAAAUACCCACCAAACAUCGAACACAACUUCAUAGGAACGCUGUCGUUCAAUAUUGGCGUGGCAAGAACCGUUACUCUGUAGUGGAUACUGAUGACGGUCCUCAGCUACUGUUUGAUGGCGUCCCGGUUCAGAUCAAGUUUUUAAAAGAACAUUCAGAAAUCUUUUGCAAGCGUCCUAAAAGUUUAAACAGAGAAACUUACAACACUAUAUCAGAUCUAGUCCUAGGAAGGUUCAACAUUCCGAAGAAAGAUCGAAGCCUUAUUCAAAAGGCUGCUAUAGUACGUUAUUAUCGCACAGGGAAAGAGAAAUGGAUGGUGAAACAAGAUGGCAGCAGAUCAAAACUGUUUCUAUGUGGAGAGGAGAUUGAGAUAGACAUGGGGGUAUUUUUCGGUUCACAUCAACAGAUCAGUGUCAAAAGAGAAACUUACGACACCCUAAUAGACAUUGUGUUAGGACGAUUAAGAAAAUUACCACAAAGAGAACGAAGCAAUCUACAGAAAGCUGCAUUUGUCAGAUUCUAUAGGGCUGGAAAAGAAAGAUGGACAGUGAAAGAGAAUGAGUUUGGUGAAAAUCAACUUUAUUAUGAUAAUGUGGAAUCAGUUGGCCACACCAAACGACACCCCAGCCCCACACCAACCGACAACCCAGCCCCACACCCCAGGUUGGGAACCAGAAACAUAGAAGAUUGUGUAGUGUUUAUAUGA